CAGCACAAUAGGAAGGAGCGUGAUCAAAAGGGACUCUGUCUGAAAUAAAAUCUCUAUUCCUCAUCUACUCAACAAACAGAUUGUGCAUUUACUGACAAGAAUUGGGGAGACUGCUUGAUGAUGGAAAGGUUGACAAUGCUUCAGUCGAAGAAACUUUGCUUAGCUUGUGUAACUGGCAUUUAUGGUUGCCAGUGGAGAAAGUACCGAACGCAACUUAACAAAAAGAGCACGUGUAUCUGGUGCCUGAUCUUGUGUUGUGCCUUUGGCAUCAGUGCUUUCUGGUUUUACUGUUGGUGGGCACUGCGCAAUGACUACAGCAACUUAAAUGAGCAUUUAUUUGCAAAGAUGCAUCGGUGGUUAGACUGGUCUGUGAUUCUCCUAAUAUUGACAGCAAUUAUCUUUAGCUACCUGCUUCUGUUGAUGAUACUUUCACUGUGUCACUUUGCUCUGCAAAUACCACUUUACUUGCACUGGAUUAAUAAGGUUGCAAUCCUGAUUUGUGUCCUACUGAUCCUAAUAUUGAUGAUAGUCAUUAGAAUUAAGUGGAAGGAAGAAUGGGACACUAUAAGUCUGUCAAUUCAAGUUACAGCUCCGUUCCUCCACCUUGGUGCAAUUGUCGCUGUGACGAUCAUGGCCUGGUUCGUCAUCGAUCAAUUUUUCCAGUCAAAGAGAAAUUUAAUGUUGACUGGCCUAGUUUCACAGACAUCGAGAAAACUGGCAGGUAAAAAGAGGAAAAAGCAACUGGAGCAAACUGUUUUACAGGUGAUUAUACCAAUGUUCUAUCUCGGAGUGGUGAUAAUCCUUUAUUUUAUUCCUCUUGCAAUUUCCUCCCCUUGUAUUAUUGAAAGAGAAGAUCUGGCACCACGGCCAGCUAUGAUGGGACACCGUGGAGCACCCAUGUUGGCUCCAGAAAACACUCUGAUGUCUUUUGAGGAAACUGUGAAAUGUGAGGCGACUACUUUUGAAAGUGAUGUACAGAUCAGUUUUGAUGGAGUUCCAUUUCUCAUGCAUGACUCUACAUUUGAAAGAACAACAGACAUAGCAGAUGUUUUUCCUAAGCGGGCCAGAAGUAGUGUUUCAAGUUUUACAUGGGCAGAGAUUCAGAAGCUCAAUGCAGGGAAGUGGUUUCUGAAGCAAGAUCCUUACCGCACAGUGAGGUUGCUAUCAGAAGAAUCCCAAAAAAAUGCUUCCAAUCAACACGUUUGUUCACUGGCUCAGCUGUUGGCUCUUGCUGCAAAAAAUAAAAGGCAUGUAAUAUUUGACCUGCGACUUCCAAAGAACACAUCUCAUCCAUACUACUAUGCUUCUCACAAAAUUGUUGUGGAAACCAUUCUGAAUUCCUCAAUUGAUCACAAUCUGAUCUUAUGGUUGCCCAACAAUACGAACAGCACCCCCAAAGACUUCCAGAAGAUUGUGGGAGAAAAGCUUGAUCCAGAUGCACUGCAAAGGCAGAACAUUCACAACAUCAAUAUUCGUUAUAGUGACAUUAAUUUCAUGGAGAUCAGGAACUAUGCAGAAAAGAAUAUCAGCAUAAACCUUUAUGUUGUCAAUGAACGUUGGCUUUUCUCCACGUUGUGGUGUGUCAAAGUGAACUCUGUUACAACCAAUGCCUGUCAUAUCUUCAAGAACAUGCACGAACCUAUUUGGCAUAUCACUCCUGGAACAUAUAAAGCAAUAUGGAUAACCGUUGAUCUUGUAUCUUUUCUACUGAUUGUCCUAAUAUACGUUUUACAUAGAUCAAGACACAGAAAGAUACAAGUGGGUAGAGGAGAAGAAAAUAUUGAGGACACUAUUCUUUGAUGAAACUUUGAAGUCAGCAUUUCUCCAUAACUGCAUGUUGUCACAGAAACUGCAGCGGCCUUUGAGAAUUCAAGUCUGAGAUUAAUGGAACAUUGUAUCUAUAUUUUUUGAAAAUUUUAUUAACGUAUAAAUGGAAUAUAUCUAUUUUUUCAUCUCUGCAUAGGGUUUAUAUAACAAAAUGUGUAUUGUUUUUUUUUAAAUCUAAAAUCAGACUCCUUUUUCCCCAUCUGUCAAAGGUCCCUCAGCUAUUGAAACCCAUUUCCCUCAUACAAGUACACUCCAAUUCAACAGAACCAAUUUUCCUCAGAAGAAGGGUCACCGGACCCGAAACGUUAACUCUGUUUUUCCCUUCACAGAUGCUGCCAGACCUGCUGAGCGCUUCCUGAUUUACAGCAUUUGUAGUUCUUUCAGUUUUUAAUUACAUGGACUGCACUGGCUCAAGAUGGUGACACAACGCUUCCUUCUCAGAGAAAGCAGAAAAGGCCAUACAGGAGAUACAGAUCAUCAGUCAUUUAAAAAUACAAUUCUGUUCAGCAUCCAGUGUGUUGUGAUGGACUGCCAUCAAGGUGUACCUUGAAAAGGGAAAACUGUUGGAUAGUACAGUUCCACGGGAUGGCAGGAAGUUGAAGAGGAAAGAAAUGUAACACAGGACAGUAUCAUUUGUUAGGAAGUCACCAGAAUCACCUCACGAGUCAAAGAACUCAUCAGAACACAGACUCAUGAGGGUCACUCUGAUCCAGGCAUGUUUCAUCUAAGCUGGACUCACCUGUAGGACAGUUGGCUCUUGAAGCCUCCCGAUCGAAAGAGUGCAUCCAUAACACACAUACCUUUUGUUAUGAUCAGGUGAGGUGGAACCAUGACUUCCUUUUUAAUCCCUUCUUGUUCAGCCAGAACAAUUUUUUUCUAUCUUUUUCUUUUUUAGUAUGCAGAUAACACACUUCAAUUAAACUUAGUUAACCAGAUCAAAAUUAAAGGAGAGCCAAUUCCAAAGUUUUCUUGAAUGGAAGAAAAUGGAGUUUAAGAUCUACUACUCUGAAGAAAUAAAAUACAACACCAAAUACACACAAAUACAAUUAGUCAACUUACAAAGGGAGAAAGGCUGUCUAGUACAUAAUGAAAGGCAAGGUAAAUGCAGUGACAAGAAUGAAAAGAUCCAGGUCCGACUGUAAGAUAACAAGGUGUAGAGCUGGAUGAACACAG